AUGGUCACCUGGAUGCUCAUGGACAUCAUCCGCGGCAAGAAGAUGCGCGCCACGGGCGCCUGCGUCGGCGCGGUCAUCGGGCUCAUCGCGAUCACCCCCGCGUCCGGCUUUGUCAACCCCGGCGCCGCGCUGCUGAUCGGCGUGAUUGGGGCCGUGGUGUGCAGCGGCGCCCAGGAGCUGAUGGAGAAGUAUGGCCGCAAGUACGUUGAUGAUACCCUGGAUGUAUUCGCCUGCCACGGCAUCGGCGGCACCGUGGGCAUGAUCUGCACCUCCCUCUUUGCCUCCACCGCCGUCAACCCCGCCGGCGCCGACGGCGCCUUCUACGGCAACGGCAUGCUGCUGGGCAAGACCCUCCUCGUCCUCGUGAUCAUCGUGCCCUGGUUCCUGGUGUUCACCUGGGGCUGCCUCUGGGUCACCGACCUCAUCCUCUCCCUGCGCGUGACGGACGAGGAGAUGCUCAAGGGCCUCGACGUGUCCAAGCACGGCGAGCGCGCCUACCACCUGGGAGACGCGUCAAACCACGCCGAGCUCGUCGUACCUGAUGCCAAGGGGGCGCCCUCCAAGCCCUCCGCCACCGUGAUGGCGCCGCCCGUGUGA